CUCCUCAACUUAAAGUGUUUAAAUUCUACUGGCGUGAGAGUUGUCGAGACCCACUCAGGGUGUUACAAUCCGUUAUAGUCGUGGGUUAAGAUAACCAGGGUAAACAUGGUGAUUUGAGGUUAAGGCAGGUUAGACUACGUUAUGAAAGGCUAGGGUAGGACACACGGAAAUAUUUAGUAAGACAAGGUUGGUUGGCAAAGAGCGCGCCUGGAAUCUGUGUCUAUUCCGGUAAUAUUGCACAUUUGCAAUCUUAUUAUUAAAAAUUUGUAGCAUUCUGUUGCAUUUGCGCACAACAGACAUGUUUGAAAUGUGCGCCUGACACGUUUCUUACCAACUAAACACUUCUGUUGAAUAGGCUAACAGGUUUGGUUGCGUGGUUAGUAGUGUAAUCUGUCGGUCAUAUUGAAUACUAGUUCUCUCGAAUGCUACCAGAUCUCUUUCGAUUAUUACUUAUCCAGCAAUCGAUUCCCAUACAACGAGAGCAAUAUGGCAGAAGUAUGCAAGCAGAGUGAAAGUUGCCAAUGUUGUGCUCGACGUUCGUUAGUGCAGUUGUGAGUUUUGAGAGCAGCACCAAAUUUCCGUCUUGCAUGUGUUUAUUUGAUGAUGACGACUAAGUAUGAAUCAACGGGUAAUAUUACAAGUAGUGAAGAUCUUGUACAAGAGAAGUCCAGGCCUCGAACGCCCACAUUUAUUUACGUUCUGACAUUUCUGAGUACAAUAGGAGGAUUUCUGUUUGGCUAUGAUACCGGUGUGGUUUCGGGCGCUAUGCUCCUCAUUAGGGAUGAAUUCAAUCUCUCAACCGAGUGGCAUGAAGCCAUUGUGUCUGCAACAAUUGCAGCUGCUUGGAUAUUCGCUCUCAUUGGUGGAUGGCUGACAGAUAAGUUUGGUCGGAAACCUGUGAUUCUUCUAGCCAGCCUCGUGUUCACAGCUGGUUCUGUGAUAAUGGGUCUUUCAAACCAGAAAGAAGUUUUGUUGUUGGGACGUGUUGUUGUUGGCGUCGGAAUUGGCAUGAUCUCGUCAACUGUGCCUGUGUAUAUAGCAGAGUCAUCACCGCUGCGACUUCGUGGGAAACUUGUAUCCUCUCAUGUUGCCCUGAUAACAAUGGGACAGUUCAUUGCUUCGUGUGUAGCUGGCGUUUUCAGCAGUGCGCCCCAUAAUGGUUGGAGGUUGGUGGAUUGUGUGGCAAGCAUGAGUGUGCCUGUAUACAUAGCAGAGAGUGCUUUUCCGGAAGUUCGCGGUCAUCUGGUUACUCUGAACACCAUAUUCAUUACCGGAGGUCAGUUCAUUGCCUCUGCUGUAUGUGGUGCAUUUAGUUCUCAUCCUCAAGGUUGGAGGUACAUGCUUGGUUUAGCUGCUGUGCCAGCUUGUAUACAAUUCUUUGGAUUCUUAGGAAUGCCAGAAAGUCCUCGAUGGUUGGUUUCUCAGAAAAAGUACGGUGAAGCUUUGAAGGUAUUGAGAUCUAUACGCGGGGAUGAUUUUCCUAUUGAGGAGGAACUGGAAAGCAUUAAACAAGCCUGCGUGGAGGAGGAAAAUGAAUUACGAGCACGAGAGCAGUCAGGAAGUAGAAGUUCUGUCUGGUUACAGAUCCUGACAACAAAAUACACUCGGAGAGCUUUGUUUCUUGGCUGUCUACUUCAAGGCAUUCAGCAACUUUCUGGAAUAAAUACUGUCAUGUAUUACAGUGCGAGCAUUAUUCAAAUGGCUGGAGUGAAAGAUUACUCCGUUGCCAUUUGGCUAGCUUGUGCGACAGCGUCCAUAAACUUCUUCUGCACUUUCAUCGGCCUGUUUCUUGUGGAUCGAGUUGGACGAAGACCACUCACACUUUGGUCUCUUGGAGGUGUCGUCAUUUCGUUGAUCAUUUUGGGAGUUGGAUUCCACUUAAUGACUCUUGAUGCACCCCCAGUGACACUAACGGGCGACAGUAGCUGUUCGUGGGCUAAGUCUUGCACAGAAUGUAUAAGUGAAGAUUGCGGUUUCUGUUACUUGGAUUUGCCUUCUGGAGUAACUAACGGAUCUUGCUGGUCACAAAACCCCCGUGAUCCGUCUUCUCACCCAACGUCAGGCAUCUGCAGUAAUGCGACAGCAAUGAGUGAGAACGCGAGGCUCACGUGGGCUGUGGACUGGUGUCCGUCAAGGUAUUCCUGGGUAGCGGUUGUUGCGCUUGGAAUAUACCUGCUCUUCUUUGCACCAGGUAACAACUCGCUGCCGUGGACAAUCAACUCUGAAAUAUAUCCUAUGUGGGCUAGGAGCUCAUGUAACAGUGUUGCCACAUCAACAAACUGGUUAUUCAAUCUUCUCAUCUCUAUGACAUUCCUAACAUUAACGAAGGAGCUUACCAAGGAAGGAGCCUUCUACCUUUAUGCCGGCUUUGCUGCGCUUGGGUUGAUCGCUUUACUGUUCCUCUUACCGGAGACAAAAGGAAGAUCUCUGGAGGAAAUGGAGACUGUAUUUUCUGGACCCUGGUGUAUGAGAGUUGGUUCCUCAGAUCCAAAAAAUGUUCAUGAAUUUUCAUUUUCUCCAAACCGCAGUAAAUUGAAAUGUAGGCGUCAAAUGUACCACAAAGACAUAGUAUCAAAACCUACCGUAUUUAUUGAGCCAGGUCUAUGUAAUGAAACUGUAUCCAGUGCUCAAGCUAACUGGUUUGGCUGUCCAAGAGUCCAACUGUUAACAAGAUUUCAGUUCUUAAAUGCUAUUUUGGAUAUUGAUAAUUCAUUGACAAAUGAUUGCUUUCAUGUAUAUGUAAACAUUAUUCGAAACUGGCACUGUAUGAAAUUAUAACAUAAGUUUAUAUUUGAA